CACUGGCAGAGUCACAAACACAGCCAGAUAGGCUACCUUCUAGAGGAAAAUGUUCAUAUAUAAGAAGAGAGGAGUAACUGCUUGAUAUCACUGGGCUAUAGCUGACUGCCAGGUAGUUUCAGAGGGAAUAUGGACUUCAGCAGAGGGAGAGAGGUCUUACCCGAGUGAGCAGGCACUACCCUCAAGCGUAAGGAAGAGUUGCCAUUAGCGAGCUGGUGGGUAAUCUUGUGACUUUUUUGCCCAAGAGAAGAGGAAGGGAGUAGUGAAUGACAGGCACAAAGCCAGUGGAGCCUGUGCUGUUUUCCACCCUUCCCAGCUUUGACAGUUAUGAACAACAACGAGACGAGAGGACAACUGUGAGUAAAGCCAAGUGAACAGGGAACACAGCCUGAGGGAAAAUAAAUUACCACAGCUCUGUUCCACUCUGGAGUUGCUGGAAAUACAGUCAGCUGGGUUUGUGGACUUUUUUUUUUUUUUAAAGACAGCUAAGACACACAGAGAAGGAGUACUGGAUGUUGAAAGUGUUUUUGGGCUCUUGUGGAGGAAAGCUGGUAUGGAUGUUGGUUUCUCUUUGCGCUCGGAGGCAGUGGGAGCUAUGAGGACAGCGCUGGUGUCCGCUGAGAACUUACAGCUCACUCUGAAGGCUGAGCUGAGUCAGGAAGAACAGGCCAUCACACACACCAACAGUAGCCCCAAGGAGACACACAAAGCCGGGAAUGAAGACCUUAAAGAGAUGUUGGAGAGCAACAAGGAGUCUCUCAAACUGGAGGCCAUGAAAAGGAUCGUUGGGCUGAUUGCCAAAGGGAAAAAUGCAUCGGAGCUGUUUCCUGCUGUUGUGAAGAACGUCGCGAGUAAGAACAUCGAGCUAAAGAAGCUCGUAUAUGUCUACCUGGUGAGGUACGCGGAGGAGCAGCAGGACCUGGCUUUACUAUCCAUCAGCACCUUCCAGCGGGCCUUGAAGGACCCAAACCAGUUCAUCCGGGCCAGUGCACUGAGGGUUUUGUCCAGCAUCCGUGUGCCCAUCAUUGUCCCCAUCAUGAUGCUGGCCAUCAAGGAGGCUGCAGCUGACCUGUCCCCAUAUGUCAGGAAGACUUCGGCCCAUGCUAUCCAAAAGCUCUACAGCCUGGAUCCUGACCAGAAGGAACAGCUGAUUGAAGUGAUAGAGAAACUACUGAAAGAUAAAAGCACACUGGUGGCCGGCAGCGUGGUGAUGGCCUUCGAAGAGGUCUGUCCAGAUCGCAUUGACCUGAUCCAUAAGAACUACAGAAAGCUGUGCAACCUGCUGGUGGAUGUGGAAGAGUGGGGCCAGGUGGUCAUCAUCUCCAUGCUGACGCGCUACGCCAGGACGCAGUUCACCAGUCCCUGGAAGGAGGGUGCCGUGUUUGAUGAGAAUAAUGAGAAGGCGUUCUAUGACUCUGACUCUGAGGAGAAAAAAGGCCAGAUGGAGGCCAAACCUUACAUCAUGGAUCCAGAUCACAGACUGCUGCUCAGGAACACCAAGCCCCUGCUGCAGAGCAGGAACACUGCUGUGGUGAUGUCGGUCGCUCAGCUCUACUGGCAUCUGGCCCCGAAACAUGAAGUUCACAUUGUCACCAAGUCACUGGUUCGACUGCUAAGAAGCCACAGAGAGGUGCAGUACAUUGUGCUUCAGAACAUCGCCACAAUGUCCAUUCAGAGAAAAGGGAUGUUUGAUCCCUUCAUGAAGAGUUUCUAUGUCAGAUCUACAGAUGCCACACACAUCAAAACGCUGAAGUUGGAGAUCCUGACCAACCUUGCCAAUGAAGCCAACAUCUCCAUUAUCCUGAGGGAAUUUCAGACCUAUGUGAAGAGUCAGGACAAGGCGUUUGCGGCGGCCACGAUUCAGGCCAUUGGCAGGUGUGCCACCAACAUCUCUGAGGUGACAGACACCUGUCUCAACGGUCUGGUGCUGCUCCUUUCCAAUAGAGACGAGACUGUGGUCGCUGAGAGUGUGGUGGUGAUCAAGAAGCUGCUUCAGACUCAGCCCACCCAGCACAGUGAGAUCAUCAAACACAUGGCCAAGCUCUUUGACAACAUCACUGUCCCCAUGGCCCGAGCCAGCAUCCUGUGGCUGAUGGGAGAGUACUGUGAGAGGGUGCCAAAGAUUGCACCCGAUGUUCUUCGUAAGAUGGCAAAGUCUUUCACAGCAGAGGAGGACAUUGUCAAGCUGCAGACAGUCAACCUAGCAGCCAAACUCUACCUGACCAACUCUAAACAGACCAAGCUGCUGACCCAGUACAUCCUGAACCUCGGCAAGUACGACCAGAACUACGAUAUCAGAGACCGAACACGCUUCAUAAGACAGCUGAUAGUCCCCAGCGAGAAGAGCGGAGCCCUCAACAAGUAUGCUCGGCGCAUCUUACUGGCCCCCAAACCAGCCCCGGUGCUUGAGUCUGCCUUCAAAGAUCGAGACCGUUACCAACUGGGCACUCUCUCCCACAGUCUCAAUAUCAAAGCUACUGGAUACCAGGAGCUCUCGGACUGGCCGGCUGUUGCUCCCGACCAAUCUGUGAGGACCGUGGAGGUCAUCGAGCCAGUGAAAGAGUGGGCACCAAUAGUCGGGAAGGCCAAGCAACCCAAAUCUGAUGACAAGUUCUACUCAGACGAUGAAGAUGAGAAAGAAGAGGAAGGAUCUGAUAGCAGUGGCAGUGAAGGCAGCAGCAGCAGCAGCAGCAGCAGCAGCAGCAGCAGCAGUGAAGAGUCAGGCAGUCAGAGUGAGGAGGAAAGCAGUGAAGUGUCCGAAAAGACCUCCAGUGAUUCUGGGAAGAGUUCAAGUGGAUCUGAAGAGAGCUCCAGUGAAUCCGAAUUAGAGCAAAAGAAGAAGAAAAAGACCAAGAAGGCGCCGCAGAAGAAAAGCAAGCCAACUGCUGCUGACAGUGACUCAGAUGAAAACGGUAAUGGACCUGUGGCCCAUGCCGGCAGCUCAUCAGCUGAAAGCGCCUCCGGCUCGGAGACAGACUCUGACGAAGACUCUGAUUCAGACUCCCCCGCAGUACAGAAGAAGAAGAGCCAAGUGAAGUCCAAACCCAAGGUGGGAGUCAAGUCCAACAAAGAAGUCUCACUACUUGAUCUAGAUGACUUUUCCCCUGCACCUACAAACCCACCAAAGUCUGUAGGCCUCUCUUCGAGCCUGCUGUCCGACCUCGAAGGCCUGUCCCUCUCCAGCGUCUCCUCCACCAUGCAGGUCACCACGCCAUCUUUCGGCCCCGUGAAAACCUAUGAGCUGCUUCACCACAUGACAGGAAAAGGUCUUUCAGCCAAGUACCAUUUCCCCAGGCAGCCAUGUCUGUACAAACCCAGUAUGGUGGCGGUACAGGUCACACUGACCAACAGCUCAGAUCACAGUUUGGAGGAGAUCCAUAUAGGAGACCGAAACCCAGCAAGCCUGAACAUCCACUGCUUUAACACCGUCGAGCGGCUGGAGCCAGAGGCCUCGGUGACUGUUUCCAUGGGUAUUGACUUCAGCGAUUCGACACAAGCAGCCAACUUCCAGUUGUGCACCAAGGAGGACCAGUUUAAUGUGUCCAUCCAGCCUGCCGUAGGAGAGCUGUUAAUGCCCAGUACCAUGACGGAACAGGACUUCUCCAAGGAGCAAGGUAAGCUGCUGGGCAUGAAUGAGACCUCGGAAACCAUCACCAUGGCAACAGCAAACACCUCCAGCCAGGCCAUCAGCAAGCAGGUCCUGUCUGUGGCCAACGUAGGAGUGGUUUCGUUCAGCCAGAACAUCCACAGGUUUGCCGGGCGGACGGUGAGCAGCGGAGCUCUGGUCCUGGUGUCGCUGGAGACGAAGGAGUCCUCCUCUGCCCUGCUUACGAUCAACACAGAAAAGAGCGUCAUGGCGUCCAUGUUGCUCCGGGACCUCAAACAAGCCCUCACCCAAGCAUAG